CACCAUCCUUACCCGCUACCCCCAUCCCCAUUUUCUUUCUUCUUCACACCCCGCUACCUCCACCCUCUCCUCUUCCAGCCCUCACCCCCUACCCUGCCAGCGCAGCCCCCCUUCUUCUUCCCUCAGAAAAUCCAUUCCUUUUCUUCUUUCCUCAAAAAAUCAAUCAAGACCUCAUUAAUGACGGAUCUCAGCCAGCAGCAACUUGUUUACGGUUUCUGUAACCAGCUGCAGUCUAAUUCCUCCACCACAGAUAUUGUGGAUCCCUCUAUGAUCCCUAUCCCUAAACCAAAACCAAAAGUGCCAUCAUCUUCUAGAAUGUUCUUUUGUCUUUAUUGUUCUCGCAAGUUUUGCACUUCUCAAGCACUUGGAGGACACCAGAAUGCUCAUAAGCGUGAAAGAGCCGCUUCUCGCCGUAAUAUCUUCUCCACCACUUCUACUACUACAGACUCCUCCGACCAUAUGAUCCGACUCCAUUUUCUUCAGAACAACCACAACAAAGGCAUGGACCCCUCUUCAAACAUGAACCCCUUCUCUUCUUCUUCAUCUUCUCAUGAUGGUUUUUAUACUCCACCACCACCAAAUCUUGGACACCAUAUAUUUAUGAAUUUCCAGUGACUAUUUUCAGUGACAUUUCAAUGGAGGAAAAUGUUUUACAAAAGAAAGUAGAAAGGUGUUCAUCUUUUUAUUUUUUAUUUUUUAUUUUUAAUUUCUAUUAUAUUUUAAAUAUAAUAUUAUUGAAAUUAAUUUUUUUUACAAAUAAAUGUGCCUUUUUUUAUUGAAAAUGCCACGUUAGCAUUAGGGUUGAAACUAAUACACUUUAAAGAUGUUAAGGGGGUAAAUAAACAGAAGUUAAGUUUAAGUGUUAAAGUGAGUUGGCGGGACAAGUUCAGGGGGGAAAAGAUGUCUUUUCUCAUGUUGUUGUUACUCCGACUUCAACUGUUAUUUUUCUCCCUUCCCUUGUCUAUUUCAUGUGGUCUACUCUAAAUGAAUUGUGUAUGA